GUGUUGUCACAUCUAAAGAUGCCCCCCCCACCUCUUCGAUGAGGCGGCGGUGUUUUUGGCAGUGCACUGACGGAGCUCUGGCACUACUGCUUGACUGAAUGAGUGUAUAGCGAGUGCAUGUGGCAGUACUUUAUCGCGAACUAACAGCAGAAAUAAACGGCGGGAACACAACUUGCUGUGAGAACGCCAAAGACGGUCAACACGUAGUUGAAAUAGCCAAAGCGGUUUGCUGCCAUAAGCUAGCAUCUCGUCAAGCUAGCCAGUAGGUAAGGUUAGCCUGAUAGCUAAUGUUAGCUGUUAAAGCGUGCCAGUCAGUGUAUUUAGCUAAUUAGUAUUGGCAACACAAUUCGCGUGGCCUUUGCGUAUCCUAUGAUCUCACGUCGCUAGCUGUGUGUACCAAAAUGUCCACAAAUUCGCUGGAUAAAGAACUACAGGAGCAGCUGAGAGAGGCGUCUGCCAUCGGGGAUAUCGAUGAAGUACGGGCGUUAGUGGAGAGUGGGGUUAAUGUCAAUUCACAGAACGAAAUCAACGGAUGGACAUGCCUACACUGGGCAUGCAAGAGGAAUCAUAAGCACAUAGUGUCCUACUUACUCAGUUGUGGAGCAGACAAAGACAUCCUCACGGCUAAGGAUGAGUUAGCGUCACAACUGACAUCCAAACCGGAGAUCAAAAGACUGUUAGGAGUUGAGGUGGAGGAAGUGCCUGAAGUGAAGGAGAAUGAGUUGCCAAUCGUCCCCAACUACCUGUCUAACCCGCCCUUUAUGUAUUCCAAGAUGGACAAGAAGUCAGAGGUUAUUCACCUUACGCAAAAUGGUUCUGGAGAGCACACUGAAGACACGCAGAGUGAUUCAGCGUCCCUUUCACCGAUGCACGAGCCUCGGAAAUCACAGAGCCUCGUCUUUGAAGCCUCCGCUCCUCCCUCAAAUCCCACCAUCAACCACAGCCAAGCCCAGACUGGGGAGUUCAUUCCUGUGAACGAGCAGAACGGCGUUUCACCCAGCACGGCUCCUUCUCACAGUCACACUGUCGUUAACUGCACAGUGCCCAUGGACCUAUCAGUCGAGCCUCACCUUGUCAACCAUGCUGACUACCCGCACACGGUGGCACACAACGGCACCAUGUGUUCCCCUCCGUUGGCCUCACCCAGUCCUAGCUUGGCUAGCAACAGCGGGAGCCAGGUCCAAGCCCCGGUAGCUAGCACAAACCCGACUGUGAGCAGACAGCAGUCUAUCCCGCAGCAGCUGAGUUACGGCCAGGCUGGUGGUUCCAUGCCAGCUUUCCAGCCUUUCUUUUUCACCAGCACCUUCCCUGUCAAUGUACAAGAGUUGGUACUGAAGGUGCGUAUCCAGAACCCCAACGCACGGGAGAACGACUUCAUUGAGGUGGAGCUGGACCGCCAGGAGCUCACUUAUCGUUCCCUUCUGCGAGUCUGUUGCCGUGAGUUAGAUAUCAGCGCCGAGCAUGUGGAGAAGAUCCGCAAGCUGCCGAACACCAUGCUGAGAAAGGACAAGGAUGUGGCUCGACUGCAGGACUUUCAGGAGCUGGAGGUUGUGCUGGAGAAAGCAGAAGGCCUGUCUCUCUUUUCUGGGGCCGGGGGCCUAACAGACAGACCCUGCUACAACAUGAAGGCCUCCCGCCUCACCUACUAGAGCUCCCACAAAGCUGGAAGUCUCCCUGCUUACAAUGGGCUUCUGUAGCUACUCUCAAGCAACCAUAACUAGUUGCCUGCCCAGGUCUCUGUUUUGUUUGGCUUUGGUGUUUUUUGCCAAUUUCCUAACUGGGAAUUCUUUUUUUCUCCCCCUUCUUCAAACUGUAGCUUAUUGUCUGCCUCCUGUCCUCCUCUGACCCUCCUGCUGCUUUUGUGUACCCAAACCAGUUCUAAGCGAUUACUGAUGCAUGGUGCCCUCAAUGACGUGCAGAAGUAUUUGGGCACCUCUCUCCUUUUUUUUUUUUUUUUUUUUUCUUUUCCUCUCCUUCCACUGCACUUUGUGCCAAGGCUCCAGUAGGACAACAGAGGAGGGCAUUGGCUUGUCUUCCUUAUGGGCUGGACUUGAAUGGGAUUCUGCAAUAGCCUUAUAUGGACACAUUUCUAUACUGGUUUGAACUGUGGUCUGAGAAUACAGCGAGCAGAGGACGACAGGAAGGAUUUGCAUAACUCUUACUGAUAAGAUAAUCAUCAGUCAACAGAACAAGACCAGUUACAGCACAGUUGAUGUGACCUGUAGAGUGAUAUCACAUAUUCUGUCUCGUGUACACAUGUUCAUAUAUGCUGUAGGCAAAAACCUUGUUUUUUUUUUUUUUUUGGUUGUUUUUUUAACCUGCAGUGUAUCAGCUCUUAGCCUAAUUCUCAAGGUGGAUUUAAUCUCACAGCAGGUGAGAUUUUAAGUAUCUUUGAACUAAUUUUAUUUCUAUUGGGCAACCGCAGAGAAAAUGCUUUAAUCUAUUUCCCACAAAGAUGGACACAUUUGAGUAGGAGUACUUAUUUCCCUGCAUAGUGAAACCAUUCAGUCGUACACUGGGGUAAAGGAAGAAUUACUUAUGUUUGGCUGUUUAUUCAUGUAAGACUCAAACUUUGGAGGUCAAACAGCAGCGACAACUGUGAAGGGUUCAUAUUUAAUGUUUUCAUUUUCUGUUGGUUCUUUCUUAUAAAGGAAGACCGUGAAUAGCGGUUUAGGGUAACGAGGCUCGAGUCCCAGCAAAAAGUUGUGGAUGAUUCUCCGAUUAGUUUUUCGUAAGCUGGAAUGUUUUCAGUUGUUGUCCGUGUGUUUAAUCGUGUGUUUAGGAUUGAAACCAAAAACUAAUCUAGCCAGCAAAGAUACAAACUGCAGAAAAGUUUGAUGUUUAACUGCAGCAUAUGGAGAGGAACGAAACAGGAGAUUGCUACGGACCUAAUGGUGUCAAUUUUAUCAUUCAGUGCUUCCUUGUUUCUCCAAUAUUAUUACAAAUAGCACUCCAGGUCAAACCUAAAUUUAUAUAUGGUGACUAGAUUUUCUUUAAUUUUUUUUUUUUUUUCCCAAAUCAAUAUGAGAAGGAAUACAAAUCUGUGGUUUCAGUUCAGUCAGCAAGGCGAGUAUAGUGCUAAAAAUCAUUUUUAUUAAAAAAAAAAGUAAUGUAAGAUGACUAUUAACACUAAUAGGACAGUUAAUUGUUUAACUGAUGAAGAGGCACAGCCACGUUGUGUUAGAUGGCAAUGUUUAUGCUGCUUUCAUUGACACAUAAUCCUUUAAUUCUCAAUGCUGGGGCUCAUUUAUUUUAAGCAGUGCUGUAGGCAGACACCACUCGUCCUACAAUCAAAGGUUCUUACCCAGUGGUAACUGUUUACUGUUCAAAUGUAUUACCUGAAGCUCUUACUGUAUUUAUAUGUUUUAUAUUUUUUAUUAAUUUGUAUGUAUGUUUUAAACCAGCUAGGCCUGUUGUGUUUGUGUCAAAAAAAAAGUCUAAUAUCGUACAGGAGUUCAACAGUCCGAUGGGGAGCACUGACAUGCUGAAGAUAAGUGCAAUGUGUGGGGAGAAGAAAGUGUUUCAGAAGAUUUCUUGAAGAAGAAAGGAAGUAACCAGAGUGCUAAGUUUAUGUUCCAAACUAUGUUAAAAUGCUUUAUUAAGAGACGUUAAUGCCACAUGUGUCAGGCAGGAGCUCGGGUGAGGACGUGGGACCGUUUGUAUGGGAAUAGUGUGUUUGCAGUUUGAUUCUUUGAGUCUGUGGAAAGCAGAUAUCUAACAUUGUGUUUGUUGGGUUGCUUAUUGUUCUAGAAAAAAGCAGAAUACAGUUUGACUUAACCUAUGCAUUCAGAGUCUGAUAUUUUUAUAUACAGUACAUCCUUGUACUUGUAGAAUUAAUCUUGGGCACUGUUAAUUUUUUUUUUGUUCUGAUCUGUACGUUCUUUGAUAAAGCAUGGCAUAUCUC